UCCCACACGGUGCUCCAUUUAGAAACACCGUUUUACUUCCUGUUAGGAUUCUCAUACAGAGGCGAAACCACAGAAGCUAAAGAACUGUAGCAGCUGUUUGUCAACAAAUGUUAAUGUAGCGUAACAACUGACCAGCAACAAUGAUUCCCUACACUGUCAACAUCAAACUGGCGGCUCGGACGCUGACGGGCACUCUGAACCUGCAGAACAAAACCGCUGUAGACUGGGGUUGGCAGGGGCUGAUAGCUCAGGGAUGUCACUCCAGUAUUCUCAUCAUCGAUCCAAAGACAUCUCAGACCAUCCAGGUGUUGGAGAGGCACAAAGCUAAUGUGGUCAAGGUGAAAUGGUCGAGGGAAAACUACUACCACAACUUGAGCUCUCCCUACUGUCUGCGGCUGGCUUCAGGAGACGCCUCGGGGAAGAUCAUAGUGUGGGAUGUGGUCAGUGGAACCGCCCACUGUGAGAUCCAGGAGCACUCCAAACCUAUCCAGGACUUGGAGUGGUUAUGGAACCAGGAUGCGUCUCGUGAUCUACUGUUAGCCAUCCACCCUCCCAACUACAUCGUUCUGUGGAACGGAGACACGGGCACCAAGCUGUGGAAGAAGAGCUAUGCUGAGAACAUCCUCUCCUUUUCUUUUGACCCCUUUGACCCCUCCAACAUGGCGUUGUUGACCAGCGAAGGAAUAGUCUUUAUCACAGACUUUACCCACAACAAACCACCGGGCAACGCUGGCAAAAAGGUCUACAUCGCCAGCCCCCAUGCAAGCCCUGCCCACACCAAGCCGGCCCCCGCCGCUGCCCCGGUCCCUACCGGCGCCAAGAAGGCCCUCAACAAGGUCAAAGUACUCAUCACCAAUGAGAAACCCACUGCGGAGGCGGUGACGUUGAACGACUGCCUGCAGCUGUCUUACCUGCCAUCCAAGAGGAACCACAUGCUGCUGCUUUAUCCCAGAGAGAUCCUCAUCCUGGACCUGGAGCUCAGCCAGACGGUCGGUGUGGUGGCCAUCGAGCGCUCCGGGGUGCCCUUUGUUCAGGUGAUCCCUUGUGCUCAGCGGGACGCCCUCUACUGUCUCCAUGAGAACGGCUGUAUCACCCUCCGAGUGUGUCGCUCCACCACCGCUCCAGAUGAGGCUGCAGACCCCGACCAGAAUGUCUACGAGCUCAUGUACGACCUGCGUUCUCAGUGCGAUGCCAUCCGAGUCACCAAAACAGUCCGGCCAUAUCGCAUGGUUAUCUGCCCCGUCAACGAAAACAACGCUGCACUAAUGGUCAGCGACGGGAGAGCCAUGCUGUGGGAGCUCAAAGCCCACACCGGCAAAACUGUCGUCAAUCCUAGUUCUGGGCUUUCGCCGCUCUACACACCCGUGUCCUUCUGUGGAUCUCCGCUGAGUCCAAACCAGAAAAGGAUUCAGGAUCUGUCUCUCAACAGCAUGAUCGGCCAGACCUUGAUAGCUGGUGAGGCUCUACCUCUAUCAUCCAACCAGCAAGAGGUUCAGUUGAAGUUCCUGCUGACUGGCCUGCUGUCUGGUCUGCCGCUGCCACCAUUUGCCCUCCGCAUGUGUCCACCUCUUACCACCAAAAACAUCAACCACUACCAACCCCUGCUGGCUACAGGCACCAGUAAUGGGUCUGUACUGGUCUAUAACCUGACCAGUGGUCUUCUCCACAAAGAACUCAGUGUCCACUCUUGUGAAGUCAGGGGGAUUGAAUGGGUGAGUCUUACCAGUUUCCUAUCUUUUGCCACUUCUGCUCCCAACAACAUGGGCCUGGUGCGAAAUGAACUGCAGCAUGUUGACCUGCCUACUGGCCGAUGCUUUGCAUUCAGAGGCGAGCGAGGAAACGAUGAGCCGCCCAUUGAGAUGAUUAAAGUGUCCCAUCUCAAACAGUACCUGGUGGUGGUGUUCAGAGACAAACCCCUGGAGCUGUGGGACACCAGGACGGGGACGCUUCUCCGGGAGAUGGCUAAGAACUUCCCCACUGUUACUGCAUUGGAGUGGUCCCCGUCACACAACCUGAAGAGUCUGAAGAAGAAGCAGAUGGCAGCGAGGGAGGCCAUAGCUCGGCAGACGGUGUCAGACGCCGAGCAGAGUAGCGUCGAAUGCACAGUCAUCAGUCUCCUGCAGGAUGCGGAGAGCAAGUCAGAGACCAGCCAAGCCAUCUCAGCCAGGGAGCAUUUUGUAUUCACUGACACAGACGGGCAGGUCUACCACAUCACUGUAGAGGGCAACACGGUCAAAGAUGGCGCACGAAUUCCCCCUGAUGGCAGUAUGGGUAGUAUCGCCUGCAUUGCCUGGAAAGGUGACACCCUGGUGCUCGGAGACGUUGACGGUAAUCUCAACUUCUGGGACCUCAAAGCUCGUUUAUCCAGGGGAAUACCAACACAUCGUGGCUGGGUGAAGAAGAUCCGCUUCGCCCCGGGGAAGGGCAACCAGAAGCUGCUGGUCAUGUACACAGAUGGAGCCGAGGUCUGGGACACCAAAGAGGUCCAAAUGGUGAGCAGCAUGCGGAUCGGGCGCAACGUGAACUACCGCAUCCUAGACAUCGACUGGUGCACGUCAGACAAGGUUGUUCUGGCCUCUGACGACGGCUGUAUCCGAGUACUGGAGAUGGCCAUGAAGUCCGCCAGCUACCGCAUGGAUGAACAAGACCUGACCGACCCAGUGUGGUGUCCUUACCUGCUGCUGCCCCGAGCUGCCCUCACUCUCAAGGCUUUCCUCCUGCUGCAGCCCUGGUCAGGAACCUUCACCAUGGACAUCACUCAAGUAGACUACAAUGAGAAAGACGAGAUAAAAGGCCUGAUCCAGGAGCAGCUCAACUCCUUGUCUAAUGAUAUGAAGAGUGUGCUACAGGACCCGGAGCUCAGCCUGCUGCAGCGCUGCCUCUUAGUCUCACGGCUGUUCGGGGACGAGUCGGAUCUUCACUUCUGGACAGUGGCGUCCCACUACCUCCAGUCGUUCGCCAAGGCUCGUCAGCUAAGUGUGUCCACCGCAGAGGGUCAGGCUCAAAGUGAAGGAGCCCAGCCGUCGUCACCUCAUAACCACCUGGACAUCUGCCACGACUACCUGUGUGAGAGCUCUUACUUCCAGAAGUUCCAGUUGGAUCGGGUUCACCUGCAGGAGGUGAAGCGCUCCAGUUAUGAACACACUAAGAAAUGUGCUGACCAGCUCCUCCUGCUGGGUCAGACGGACCGAGCUGUGCAGUUACUGUUGGAGACGAGCGCAGACAACUCCAGCUACUACUGUGAUUCACUCAAGGCCUGCCUGGUGACCACCAUCACCUCAUCAGGCCCCUCACAGUCCACCAUCAAGCUGGUGGCCACCAACAUGAUCGCCAAUGGCAAGCUAGCAGAGGGAGUACAGCUGCUGUGUUUGAUUGACAAGGCGGCUGAUGCUUGCCGCUACCUGCAGACCUACGGGGAGUGGAACCGCGCCGCCUGGCUGGCAAAGGUGCGUCUGAACCCAGCGGAGAGCUCAGAUGUGCUGAAGCGCUGGGCAGAGCACCUGGUCUCCCCGCAGGUCAACCAGAAGUCCAAAGCCAUCCUGGUGCUGCUCUCCCUGGGCUGCUUUUACAAAGUAGGAGAGAUGCUCAACGGUAUGAGGCACUUUGAUCGAGCUGCCCUCUUCAUCGAAGCCUGUCUGCAGUACGGGGUGAUGGAGGCCAACGACUCGUCCAAUAAACUUAUCAAGACUACGUUUUUGGAGUAUGCCCGGCUGCUGCGCUCACUGGGCCUGCGGGAGGGCGCCGCUCUGUGGGCAUCACGGGCCGGCAGCGCCGGGGAGCAGCUGAUGGAGGAGCUGUUCCAGGGAGAGGGAAACGUGUCAGACAACAUCCUCGGAGAAGAGGAAGUCGAGCUGGGCCAAGAGAGCGCAGAGUGACCUCGGAAAGACGGGUCAAUAACGAUAGGUGAUAAUGUGACCAUUGUGUCGGCAUCCAGCGGGGUCCUGAUCAUCACCUCCACAUCAUGAGAAGAGAGGAGAUAUGAGGAGUUUCCUCCAUGUGAAGCUGUCAGUCCGUCACUGUGUCUGUGACUAUAACGAGUGUGACAUUUCUUUAUGUUCGGUAUGAUCAGUGUGUGUUUGUGCACUUAUGUGUAUGCAUGUAACAGCCCCAAAAGAAACACACUUUUGUCCGGAUUCCCCCAAAACAAGUGAAGUUAAACACACUGUUGAUAUCGGUCUGUGUGUUUGUUGAAUUUAACUCAUUAGAUAUUUUUUUAAUGGUUGCUUGUUAAGCUUUAUUUUGUGUGCCUGUAUUAAUAACUUCAAAGUACUGUUGUAGCUCUACACGUUUAAUUUGCCUUUUUGCUGCUGAGAUUAAAUGUGGCAGAGUUAAUUAAUCCCAAAAUAAUAAAUUCCCUUUUUCAUUUUAAAAAUGCACUGCCCUUAUAGACGGCCCCCACUACUACUCCAUUCAUGCAUACUUCAUGACUGGAUUCCAAAAUGAGUUUUUUGCACUCUUGAUUUAACCAAAAACACAUUAUUUGAAUGAAUAGAUUUCUUGACCCUCCUUGCAAAAGAGACACAAUUUUGCUCCAGAUGGACAGAUAACAGACUGACCGUUACAGCCACAGCAGGUGGAGCUGUAUAAUUGACUGACCAAAGCACCAGCCUCUGCAGCUGGAACAGUAAAAUGAGUUAGCCAGGCCACCUUGUGCUUAUUAGACACUUAUUAGUAUAUUAUUUAUCUCCCUGAACACAGAGGGGAGAGGAAUCUGACCUGAGUGAUACCAUUUAAUUAGCUUGUGUAGAGUUCAGUUAAAUAGAUGCUGGUCGUUCAUUAAUCCAUUCCAUUAAUCCCAGUGGAAUUUUUUAAAUUACUACUUUUAUGAAGACUUGAGACGAUACUUUGCUCUCCGUUGUUCUUCGGUGUUUGUAUAAUGAGGUUGUUCUCUGGUGUGCGUAUUACAAGAAGAGCUGUCAAAAUGUGUUGUAACUCAUUUUAAUCAGACCUCCGAUGGAUCAUUUUACACACAAACAAUAAUCUGUGCGGCUCCCACUGUUGCUCAUCACAGUCACAAAGCCUGACACAGUUUGAAAAAUGGUUUAGACUUGCUGCCAUAUCUCCCUUGCUCUGCUUUUGCCUCACGUUUUCAUCAUAAAUAUCAUCAAAAUCCCCUGUAUGACAAUGCCAAGACUUUAGUGAUUGUGUGUUUAAUUGCCUUGUGAUGUGUUUAGUUGUCCUGAAACGAGACAGUAACUCCAUCCAUGGGACCUUUUUUAGUGUGUUAUUGUGUUUCAUAAACACGUCAGUGCUGUUUUCUCUUGUGAUACAGUUAACCCCAGGCAGUGUCACUAUGGCAACCCAGGCCUAUUUUAGGGGGACUUCAUGUUAGAUCCAUUUCCCAUCCACUAACAUACUGUAGUAUCUCGUAGAGAGUCACACAACCCAGCAGAUAAUCAGCUGUAGUUUACCUGACGCUGUGUAUCUUCCUCCAAUCAUGUCGUGCAGUAUUGUGGAAGCAACAUGUACUGUACUGCCUCUUUAUGAUUAGGCACUAGUGUUAUUAACACUCGCUGCUCUUCUUAAACUAAGUUUUCAUUGUUCUGUGCUCAUUGUUUGUACAGUGAUCCUAAUGCUUUAAGCAAUAUAAAUAUGACAAGAGAAAAAAAGAUAUAUGUAUAUAUGGAUGGCAAUAAAAUCGAUAUUAUUAACUUUA